CUGGCUGGCUGGCUGGGCCUCCGCUGAGCUAUCGCUACCGGUGGUCGACUGGUGGCCGUGAGGCGAAGCAGGCAGGCAGGCAGGCAGGCAGGCGGCUGCGGCUCCCCGUCUAGGGGAAGCGGGGCGGCCGGGGGUCCGGCUCGGAUGGCGGAGGGCAUCCCACACCAGGCGCUCGUGCCCGGCGUCGGCGUCCCAGCCCCUCGAGGGGUCAAGCGGGAGCCCGAGCUGGAACAGCCCAUGCCCGGAGGGGACGGAGCCGAGAGCGGCCAAAGCAAGAGGCUGCGGACCGAGGCGGAGGCGGACGCAGGCGGCAUGCAGAAUGAGCCUCUGACUUCCAGUUAUCAUGUGUACCCAGCAAGAGACAGUCAGGGUAACCAGGAGCCGACAGCCACUCCUGACACAAUGGUCCAGCCGUUCACCACAAUCCCAUUUCCACCUCCCCCACAGAAUGGGAUCCCCACAGAGUAUGGAGUACCCCACACUCAGGACUAUGCAGGCCAGACCAGCGAGCACAAUCUGACAAUCUAUGGAAGUACACAGGCGCAUGGAGAGCAGAAUACGAAUACAGCCACCACACAGAAUGGAUCUCUUACGCAGACAGAAGGAGGGGCGCAGACGGACGGCCAGCAGUCACAGACACAAAGCAAUGAGAACACUGAGAGCAAGUCUACUCCAAAACGGCUGCAUGUCUCCAACAUUCCCUUCCGUUUUCGGGAUCCUGACCUCCGGCAAAUGUUUGGGCAAUUUGGCAAAAUCCUUGAUGUAGAGAUAAUCUUCAAUGAACGUGGCUCCAAGGGAUUCGGGUUCGUAACUUUCGAGAAUAGUGCUGAUGCAGACAGGGCCAGGGAGAAAUUACACGGCACCGUGGUAGAGGGCCGUAAAAUCGAGGUUAAUAAUGCCACAGCGCGAGUGAUGACUAAUAAGAAGAUGGUCACGCCAUAUGCAAAUGGUUGGAAGCUGAGCCCUGUGGUUGGAGCAGUGUAUGGCCCUGAAUUAUAUGCAGCAUCCAGUUUUCAAGCAGAUGUCUCGCUGGGCAAUGACGCUGCAGUGCCCCUGUCAGGAAGGGGGGGUAUUAACACUUACAUUCCUUUAAUCAUUCCCGGCUUCCCCUACCCAACUGCAGCCACCACAGCAGCCGCAUUCAGGGGAGCCCAUCUGAGGGGCCGAGGACGGACAGUGUAUGGUGCAGUGCGGGCAGUACCUCCAGCAGCCAUCCCAGCUUACCCAGGUGUGGUUUACCAGGACGGAUUUUACGGUGCUGACCUCUAUUCAGCUGAAGAAAUGUUAACAUCUCGCUCUAAAUCUCUCAGUGGAGUCUCUGUUCCCUUCUCUGAUAUAACAGAUGGGUUAUUGCUUGUUAUAAUUAUUAACAUUUGUGGUGUGGGACUGGGCUAGGGUGGUUUUGUUUUUUAAAAAUUUGGGGUGAUAAUGGGACUUGUUUAAGAUUUGGAAUGUUAACUCCAGUGGUGACUGACUGUUUCCGUAAUAGCAGGUCGUUGUGGCUGCACGCUCUAGUAAUUGAGGCUGUGUACUUCACCAAGCUUGUGGUAGAGCCUAGGGCAAACUGCUGUCCCAAGAGAAUGCUGGGAUAGAUAGAACUAGCCAAUACAAGUCUGAACGUGGUGAUUUUGCUGGUUGUUUUUAGUUCCAAACGUCAGCAUGCUUAGUUUUGUUUUGUUUAAUUUGAUUAAUAAAUGUUACACCAUUUCCCUUCCCCACCCUGAU